GCGUACCAACGGGUGGACCACCGCUGCCGCCCACUGACCUCUUCGUCGACGAUCUCGACGGCGGAGCCGCGGCCGCCGGCCUCGGCGCUGCCGGCGCCGCAGCCGUCGCGGGAACCCUCGGCGGCCGAGCGGCUCCAUUGUGGGCUAAGCUGCGACGCCUUCUGACCCAGAUGGCUGAAGCUGACGUGGCAUCUGAGCUGCAGCAGCAGAAUGGCGGCGGCAGCGGGACCAGUGGAGCGCUGCGGGUGGGCUGGAUGUUGCGCGACGCCGCGGCCGAGGCGGUGCUGCGGACUGACCCACGGGUUGAUCUGCCGCAAUGGCUGCUGGACAUGUUCUUGGUCCCUGCACCGCCUGCCGUCUCCGAUUCCGUCGCGCCCAUGACCGCCGGAAUGGGCUGCUCCGCCUGCGGCCCAGCCUCCCUGCUCAGCCUCUACCUGCGGCACGACCGCCUCGCCUCCGCAGUUGAGCUGGUUGUGGCUCAGGUGGAGCGGUGGAGUCGUACGGAUGUACGACAGAGGCGCCAACACAGCGCCGCUUGGAUGCCGUACCCGCAGUUGGAGCUGCUACACACCAAGCUCACCAUUGCUCAGCAGCUGGGUCAGGAGCGGUCCACCGCCCUCUUGGAGCACCUCAACACCGCCAUCGCCGCUCACCUCUCCCUGGUCUCAACCGACACGGAGCGGCUGCAGGAGCAGCAGCACCAGACACGGCAGAUUGCGGGAGGGGCGGCACAGCAGCAUCAUGGCAUGGGUGGGAUGGUGGAGGACAUGGGAGGUGCUGCGCCGUCGUCGCUCGUGUUGAUGACGCCUUUUGCGGCGGCGGUGUCGACGCCCAUGAUGACGCCGAUUGGGGGCGGAGCAUCGCUGUUUGGCGGCGUUUCAAUGGGACCCGGGUUGCGGCUGUUUGGAUGAGGCGGAGUGUUCGGAUGCGGCAAGGAAGGGGCAGCUCGUGAGGUGUGCAGGUGAAACUUAGCGCGUCGGCAUUUAGGGAUUUAAGGGAACCGAAGGGACCGUUGGUAGGGACCUUCUGUGGCAAGUUGGGUGAUGGGUAGGCGAAGGGGCGGUUGUGAGGUCAGGGCCUGACACAUCGGCGCCUAGGAUGAGGGGAGCAGGACAGAUUUGUUCAAGCGGGGUUGGACACGCAAAAAACAGGUCGUUGUAACCUGACCUCCUAGAUGCCGGUGCACAUGCUUUGGGGCUCAUAAGGCGCCCGGCAGGAGUGCAAGCCGCACACUGCUAUAC